UUCCGCGAAAUUGUUUCUUGGAGUUGAGAGAAGUGCUGCUCUCAGUAAAAUGGGACAAGUUGACGCAUGAGUGGGAGCGCAGGGAAAGGCGAAAUACACGCAGGCACAUUAGCUCAGUCGACUCACUCGAUGCUUAUUGACUAAGCGUCCGGAAAACGAGAGAAGAAGAGACGAAGAACCGGGGAGUGAUUCAAACUCAUAUCUUUCCUAAGGCGGUAUUUAUUUGUCCGCCCAGCAUCCUCAACAAGAAAACGCGCAGUCUUUGCGGAAUAGUCACAUUGAAGACGACACGUGUGGAUGAUUAACGACGUUUCAUCAGCGGACUGCGGUCUGACUACUUUUGCGCCCGCUUUUUUGGAUAUUUUUUUCUAAGCUAUAGCUGCUUGUACCCCACCCGGUUAGAGGAGAUGUCGGAGGUUGAUGUCUCUACCGACUGCGCCCCCAUUCGUCCUCCGGAUCGGACGGAGGACAUUCUAAAAGAAAACCAAGAAAACAGGACUUUACUUAUGGUUGCAAUGAUUUUAUUGGACUUAAAGAAAUGCAGCCCUGAAGCAAUAAGCGACGGAGGCAGCAGAUGUCACGGAGGCAGCGAGGCUGGCAAGCAGGAGGAGGAGAAGGAGGAGCGGGGGAGCUGCCGUUUGAACACCGAGGACAGCUGGGGGUCGGUGGCUCUCCGAAGCAAGACGGCGGGGAGACAAGAAUCCCCCGAAAAGAGGCACUGCUGCCCGUUUGCUGGCUGCGGAAAGAUGUACGGCAAGUCGUCUCACCUUAAGGCUCACCUCAGGGUCCAUACCGGUGAGCGGCCUUUCAAGUGUACCUGGCCGGACUGCAGCAAGAAGUUCUCCCGCUCAGAUGAGCUGACGCGUCACUACCGCACACACACAGGCGAGAAACGCUUCAACUGUCCAAUGUGUGACAAGUGCUUCAUGAGGAGCGACCACCUGACUAAACAUGCCCGGCGACACGCAGGCUUCCAUCCCAGCAUGCUCCAGGGUUCCAGUGCAGCCAAGAAACGCCGCUGCUCCAUGUCCUCCUCUGAUUCUGGGGACCAAAGCCCUACCGGAGUGUGAGACAUACCCACAUACUGUACAGAUAGACAUAAAGGUACACAGCAGACACCGAGGCAUACGCACCCACAUGUAUGAUGUGUGUACCUUUACAUAAUCCCCAUCAAGUCAGUCAGCUCAACCAGCCAGACCACAAUUCAGGGAGUUUUUCUUUCACCCAUGGAAAGCAACCAAUGACCUUCUGAACCUGACCGUAGUGAAAGCACAGCUCACUGUCUUUUACCCUGAGGUCAUUGAUAUUUAUUAAGGGUUAAUCAGGGUUUGUCAGGAAAGUCUGGUUCUUUUGCUUGGUUUAAUUUUGGUUGUGCAACUGUUUGUUUCUUUUUUUGGUUUUCCUUUUUGUUUUCUGGGAAAAAAAAAUCUCCCAACAAAGUGGUAUUCCUGUAAACGUUCAGUUUUUUUUUUUUUUUUUAAGAAACACUACAUGUGUUCAUUUGGCAACACACUUUGUGUGAAGAUGAAGAUACCAACAAGAACAUUAGUUAACAAAAUCUUACAAUAAACCGAUUCCUAGUGUGUUAAGAAAUUUUAAAAAUAGUUCUUUAGUGAAUGUUAACUAUUGUACACAUAGUUGUAAUACUUACAUACUUUUGUACAGUUUCUUUACAGUUCAGGACAACAUGAAUGCACAGCAUAGCAGUAUUACUAUGUAAAUAUAUUAAAUAGACUGGAUGAUCUACUCAGUAUAGUAUAGUUAAAUGUUAUUAGAGAGUAAUAAGAAAAGCUAUUAUAUAGAGAGAUACAGAGCUUGGUUAUUUAAUUUUAUAUAUUUAGCAAUGGACUUCAGGUAAAAUCAGGUGUGCUAUGUGUUUGUAGGGAUAAGCAGUGUGUUUCCUGCAUUGAAGCUGAAAUGAUUCAAAAAAUGUUGAAUUUGCAAAUACAUGCACCAGUAUACAUUUACAGUACUUUAGCAAGACCAUAACAUUUGAGCCGAUCUCAUGGGAAUCGACACCUCAGCAUCUGCGUUCAGACUUGAAUUGUGUUAGCAGUGCAGAACAACAUAACAGGGUAAAGACUUUAAAAGAUAGAGUGGUAACUAUUUUUGUUUUCUUUAAGAUGGAAAAACUUUAAGACCCUGAUAAUUUAUGUUGUGCAAGUCUGUGCCUUUUAAUGUUUUGGGUUUUUUUUUUAAGUUAAGGGGAAGUACUACAUUUUCAUUUUCAAGGGAAAAUACCACUUGAAUGAACAUUUGUCACAUUCUUUGUUUUGCUUUUCAAAUAAUAAUAAAUACUUUAAAGAUUAAUAGAUCAAUGACUGUCUCUAAUACCAAUGGUGCCAGUUACUAUAUGCUGAAACUGAAUUUUGUUUGUAUGUGGACUGCAUUUUAUACUGGACCCAUGUGUGUUCAUGCCAAUCAAUACUACAUCUCUAAGUGGUGACAUGGAAGCACAACAUUUCUCACAAUAAAACAUUGCAAGAUUUUCUUUUUUAUUUCUGUCAGCACUUUGAGUUAUGCCCUCAUCAUUAGUUUGUGAAUGACUGUAUUCCAACAUGUAGCAUGCUUUUAUGUAUUUCUUUGGUACAAUCUAUAUUUUAUUUGUCUGGUAAUCUUUUAUAAUAUUACUAAUGGAAUGAGAGGUCUUAUUGAUCCACUACAGGAGCCAGAUACCUUGUUGAUGUCAUUAGUUUUCUUUUUUUAAACUUCUCAUACUGCAUUCAGAUGUCCAGGUAGAUUGCUGUAGUUGUAGUAAAGACUACGUAUGUUUGCUAAGCGAAAUGCUGUUUUUCUUUUCUGGCAUUACAACAACUGUGAUUAGAUGCUGGUGCCUUUCAGGUUAAAGCCUUUUCUUCUGAUGCUACUGUGCUGUAAUCAGGGACUGACAAUGCAAACACCAUGUUAUUGCAAUGCACAUUGCUGUGUAAUAAUUACUGCUCAAGGUUUAAACAUUAAAACUGCUUUUUUCGUACUAAA